UUUCCCGCGCUCCAACAUGGCGGGUGUAUCUGGCAUAGCUAAAAGCUCCCUCCAGCACUAUGUUAUUGAUAGUAAUGAAGCUCUGGAAUUUAAGCUAGUGCGGGCAGCAGCUGACCUCGAAGAUGAGGAGACUACAUUCAAACCUGGCAUGUCUCAUCAGGUUUACGGUGACAGUGAACAGAUCUUUGGAUACAGUGGUUUGCGUGUGAAAUUGUACUACAGUGCAUGCAGGCUUACCACCUAUCUUGCUCAUACUUAUGCAGAAAAGGUUGACCCAGAAAAAUUUGACGGUGUUCAGCCAGAUGAAGUUAUCAAACCAGUUGCAGAGAGGAUUCCACCAGGCUACUUAACAAAUUUGAAUGACUUCACAGCAGCCCUUCAGAAAGAUGCCACUUUCAAACCAUUUGGUGAUAUGUUGCAUAGAUUUACUGUUGCAACAGAGGAUGGACAAGGAAAAACCUAUGAAGUUUAUUACUGUGACAUAUCAACCUCAGGAUGGAUAGACUUCCAUGAACGACUUCAGACAUUUAUUCUCUGGUAUAUUGAUGCUGCAUCUUAUAUUGAUGUUGAUGAUGAUAAGUGGAGAUUCUUUGUUAUAUAUGAAAAGUAUGUGGUGAAUGGAAUCCCAAAUUAUGCAGUUGCAGGUUAUACCACUGUAUAUGAGUAUUAUGCAUAUCCAGCCAACAUCAGACCUCGCAUUUCACAAAUGUUGGUUCUUCCUCCAUUUCAACGUUUGGGCUUGGGAGCACAGAUGUUAGACAUCAUAUACAACCAUUACAAGAAUAAUGCAAAAGUUACAGAUAUCACAGAUAUCCUUUGUGGAAAAUGUGAUAAUCUUUGCCAACAGCUGUUCUACAUUACAGAGUAA